AGCUAGCUUGCCAGCCAUGGCCACUUCAACUCAUCCAAUAAUUUCAUGCACCAAAAACAUUUCCUUCUCCACCAAGUCUUCUCCCCUUAACUUUUCCAGACCUUCCCAAAUCUUUCUCAACCCCAGCAGGGCAGCUGAAAGACGUGGUGACGUCAAGAUCCGGUGCGCAGCCUCGCCGGAGGGUGCUGACGGGCGUCAAAACCCGGACAGCCUCUCUUCGGCGAAACUUGACCGGAGAAAUGUCCUUCUGGGCCUCGGGGGUCUCUACGGCGCUUACAACUUCGCCGGCGGCUCCAACCCCUUUGCCCUUGCCGACCCUAUCCCGGCCCCUGACAUUUCCAAGUGCGGCACUGCUAUCAUUUCCAACAGCACUGAUGAAGUGCCGUACUCUUGUUGCCCUCCCUUCGACGGCACUUUUGUGGACUAUAAGAUCCCCACAUUUUCAACGCUUAACUGCAGGCCGGCUGCUCACGCCGUGGACGACGACUACUUGAACAAGUACAAGACCGCCAUUCAGAAAAUGAAGGAGCUUCCCGCCGAUGAUCCCCGAAACUUCUACCAGCAAGCUAACGUCCACUGCGCUUACUGCAAUGGAGCUUAUCAACUCAACGAUAAGUCCUAUCAGAUCCACUUCACAUGGCUCUUCUUCCCUUUCCACAGAUGGUACUUGUACUUCUACGAAAGGAUCUUGCAAAGUCUGAUAGACGAUCCAACAUUCACAUUGCCGUACUGGAACUGGGACAAUCCACAGGGCAUGAUUCUCCCUGAGAUCUUCGACGACGACGAGUCGUCGCCGCUGUACGACCAGUACCGCAACCAGGACCACCGCAAUGGAUACGUGUUGGAUCUAGCAUACGCCGGCGAAGAAAACACCGCCAACGACUUCCAGAAGGUGAAAAACAAUCUUGCGGUUAUGUACCGCCAAAUGUUAACCAACGCGCCGUGUCCGUUGCUCUUCUUCGGCAAACCUCUUCGCGCUGAUAACGACUCCGAGAACUCGGGCAUGGGGACCAUCGAGAACGUCCCGCACAACUCUAUCCACCGAUGGGUGGGUGAUCCUAGGACUGCUCAUAAUGAGGACAUGGGUAACUUCUAUUCUGCUGCUAAAGAUCCGGUGUUUUAUUGCCACCAUUCCAACGUAGACCGCAUGUGGACCCUUUGGAAGACCCUCGGUGGCAACCGUACGGAUAUCCCCGACACCGAUUGGCUCCAAACUGAGUUCCUCUUCUAUGACGAAACCAAGACUCUCGUCAAGGUUAAGGUUGCAGAUUGUGUGGACAACGAGAGGCUCGGCUACACUUUUCAGGAUAUGCCGACUCCAUGGAAGAACUUCAAACCCACGAGGAAAAGAAAGGGAAAAUUGAAGAGAACUGCCAAGUCAGUAUCCGCAUCCACUACCGUGUUGCCGGCAACCUUGGACAAGAUUACAACGUUCUACGUGACGAGGUCGUCGACAUCGACACCCGCGGGGAAGGAGGAGCUGCUGGAUCUGGACCUAGAGUACGACGACACGCAGUUUAUACGGUUCGAUGUGUUUCUGAACGAGGACGAGGAGGUGAAUACGAAGGAGCUGGACAGGAUCGAGUACGCGGGCAGUUUCUCCAACUUGCCACAUGUGCAUGACGACACCUCCACUAGUAAAGUCACGACCUCCACUUUUAGCCUGGCCAUCUCGGAGCUGCUUCAGGACUUGGGGCUGCAAGGUGACGACAAGAUUCUGGUGACUCUGGUGCCCAAAGCUGGGGGUAGUUGCGUCACCGUCAAAAAAGCCUAUACCGACACUAUCGAUUGCUAAGAUCGAUCUAUCCUAUCCCUAUCCAUCCAUGAAUAUAAUAUAUUGAAUGUAUGCUUAUGUUGUUCGUCUGCCUCCUUACCGUACCCGUGGCGCUAAGGUAGGUCUUUAAUUGUUUGAUGUAAUAAUAAGUGCUCACUCCUCAAAUCCUAUUAGUUCAGAGUGUGAGGAUCCCGGGUGAAUGACUUCGCCUUUGUGGGCAAGUAAGGUGUUAAUGUAUGUAUGUGUAUGUGUAGUGAUUGCUAAUUAGGGUUCUGCCAUCAAUAAUUGUAAUGUCUUCUUUCCGUGUAAUAAACUGUGCUUGUGUUUGGUUAA